UACUGCCAAAAUGACUGAGAAAAAGGAGGAGUUUUUGCGCAUAAGCGGUGAUUUAGACUUCCAAAGUCGUAGUGAUUCCAUUUUUGGUUCUCUAGACAACCUUGAACCCGAGCAAAAAAGUGAAACAGAGGCAAAGCCUCAUGGCCCCCGAGCACCAAAACACGUUCCAGAUCAUGUUUUGCAUCCUCAGAAAUGGACCAAAUAUAGUCUCGAGGAUGAUGGAACUGAAAAAAGUACUGGGUAUGUCUGGGGAAGCCUUAAACAGGCAUGUGGCUCUAUCCUUUCUGGAUGACAUCCGUAAAAGAAAAGAAAACCCAUCCAUGAACUCAGAAUCGGAAUCAGACGUUGUAAUGACUGAAAAACAUGUGUUCUCAAAAUCAGCGAUCAAGCAUAAGAUGGAGAUUGAUGAAGCUCCUUUACAGUCACAGAUUGUGGAAGGUGUCAAUAUCAUGAAAGAGUAUGUGGUAGGACUAUCUCCUGCAAAGACAACUAGAAGAGAAUACAAAAAACUCUCUGGUGAUAAAAAGCUGAACUCCUCAGGUGAAUCCGUAAGUCUCGGUCACUUGGAGGAGAAGGAAGUGGGUGAUAGUGAUUCAGAUAUCUCAGCAGGUGUUUCAGAACCUGUUGAGGAACAGCAUGAGAAAGUGAAGUUUGCCAAAAGAAAAGUAAAGAAACGCAGUGGACUACGUGAACACAAAUCAGCAGCAGUUGAUGAAUAAUCUGCUGUGUUUGCACAGUAAAAUAAACUGUACAUGGUUUAAAGCAAAAGAUUUGCAUCUUACCAAGAUUUAGUGCUGUCUUACUUGACUUCUUUGUAAAAACAAAGAAGAGGCUCUGAUUCCAUGGCGUUUCUUUUUGAAAAAACAGUGGUAACUCACUUUGCUUGCAUUGUAACACAUACACACAACAGAAACAAACAAAGAUGACUAAUCUUAUCAUUAGAACAACAGGGGACAACUUCAGCUCUUUUCAGGACAUAGAGAACAGGGUCUGGAAGGGUAUUUUCGGGAUUCGGGAUUUGACCAAAAUACGGUGCGGGAAUUGGGAAAACGAUAAAUAAAUUGACGGGAUCCGGGAUUUGACUGUUCCCUGGAAAGCGGGACUUGCCAAAAAUUGGGCACGGGAUGCGGGAUUUAUGUUUGCCUGUCUGCCGGAAAUGCCGGAAACCUUUAAAAACACGCGUAAAUUCAAAAUAUCAAUCGAAAGGAUCAACCUACAUCUUACAUUUAUUAGUUUUUGUAGAAAUUAGACUUUUUAAUGUAUUUUUCUGAGAAAGAAAAGUGGUAUUCGGGAAACUGAUGAAAAACGUGGGGGAUGCCGGAUUCUCACGAAAAAGGGGCGGGAAUGCGGGAUCAGGACCCCCCUUCCAGACCCUGAGAGAAGUGUCUUAUUAAUCUAAGUGUUCCAUUUCAAGCCAAAGCAAAGCAUUGGCAUUUGCCAAAUUGAGAUCAUCAGUUAACAAUAGUUUUAUUGGUUUGUUUGCCAUGGUUUUGAAAU